AUGCGUUCGGAAGGGAAGGAAAAAAAAGUCCAAAUCCUGUACUUUCGAAAUAUAAAUAUGACAUACGAGAAAAGUGUGAUGAAACAUCGGCCAAAUGUAUUUGAGUCACAAUUAAAACUACCGAAAUUGAAACCAAUUGCUGAAAAGCACCGUGUAUGGGAACACAAACCAAGCAGAUCACCCUUAAGUCCUGACAGUCAUAUUUCUUCAACAAAUUUAAGUAUACCAACUACGACGGAUAAUUUUUAUAGUCCAGUUGUUCGUGAAGCUGCUCUUCAUUUUCUUCGUCGAAAUUCUAUUUCAACUUCUUUCACAUCAUCUACAUUAUCCAAACGUAAUUCAUUGUAUGGACAUAUUCCAGCUCGUAUCGAUACCGGUUUACAACGUGAAAUGUCUUUUGGUGGUCGUCAUCACUCACCCACUUUUCAAUUAAAACCGGCAUAUAAAAUACGUUUUAAUGAAUUGAAAUUAGAAUUGGAAAACAGUAAAUUAAAAGAGCAAGUGAAACAGAUGCGCUACAAUCAUCAAAAUAUUCAAAUCCUAACAACAAAUUUGAUUAAUUCAAUUCGUACAAGAGUAAAAUCAUUUAUUACAAUGAAAGCCGAAGAACGAUAUAAAAUUAUUGUACAAGCAUUCGUUUUUCAAAACACAAAUCAAAGUGGAACGUGUGUAUCACGAUGUCUAUGGAAUGAUCAAACAGAUAAUUUCAUUACACUUAAAAUGUGUGGUGCAGAUUGUGAAGUACUCAUUGCGAUAUUUUUAUGUUAUACAGACUAA